CAACCUCUGAUUAAACCCAGCAUUACUAACGGAGUGCUGUGUGCUCUGCUAUAGUUUUCCUGUGGAAGUCUCUUCUCUCUGACAUUUGGAGUGAGGAUUUGAAGGAAAUCUCAGGGUGGUCUCUCUCGAUGUUUCCAUCUUUGCAAUGAGCCGAGCGUGAGUGUGUGGCCCGGACAUCCAGGCUGAGAUGGUGCUCCAGGAGAUGCUGCUGCCCAACUGAGGGCAAUGUUGCGGUGGGUGGUUCACCUGGAGGGAGGUCCCCGAAGGGUGAACCACGCCGCUGUGGCUGUUGGCCACAAAGUCUAUUCCUUCGGUGGCUAUUGUUCUGGAGAGGACUACGAGACCCUUCGUCAGAUCGAUGUGCACGUCUUUAAUGCGGUUUCACUGCGGUGGAUGAAGCUGCCUCCUUUCCGGUCAGACAGGAAGGAGCAUUCCCCUCAGGUCCCGUACAUGAGAUACGGUCACACUGCAGUUCUCGUCGAUGACACGAUCUACAUCUGGGGUGGCAGGAAUGACACUGAGGGAGCCUGCAAUGUGCUGUAUGCAUUCGAUGUCAACACUCACAGCUGGUCCACCCCGAGAGUUCAGGGGUCAAUCCCAGGAGCCCGUGAUGGCCACUCUGCCUGUGCUCUGGGCAAGUGCAUGUUCAUCUUUGGAGGAUACGAGCAGUUGGCUGACUGCUUCUCCAAUGACAUCCAUCGCCUCGAUGCUGUGGCAAUGAUGUGGACCCUGAUCAAUGCGAAGGGUAACCCAGCCCGAUGGAGAGAUUUCCACUCCGCCACAGUCAUGGGCAGCCGGAUGUACGUUUUCGGAGGGCGGGCAGAUCGCUUGGGACCCUUACAUUCCAACAACGAGAUCUAUUGCAACCGCAUCAAAGUAUUUGACACAGAGACCAACCACUGGCUAGAUUCCCCGAGCACACAGCUCCUUCCUGAGGGACGCAGGAGCCACUCAGCAUUUACCUACAACAGUGAGCUGUACAUCUUCGGUGGUUAUAACGCUCGCCUGGAUCGGCACUUUAAUGACUUGUGGAAAUUCAAUCCCGAGUCCUCCACCUGGAGAAAGGUUGAGCCCAAGGGCAAGGGACCGUGUGCACGAAGGAGACAGUGCUGCUGCAUGGUGGGAGACAAGGUCAUCCUGUUUGGUGGCACCAGCCCAUGCCCAGAGCAAGGAAUGGGGGACGAGUUUAACUUGAUGGAUCACUCUGACCUGUACAUCCUAGAUUUCAGUCCAAGUCUGAAGACCUUAUGCAAACUAGCUGUGAUUCAGUACAGUUUGGAUCAAUCUGCACUCCCUCACGACAUCCGGUGGGAGCUGACUGCAAUGACCACAAACAGCAAUAUCAGCCGGCCAAUCUUCUCCUCUCAUGGCUAAACACCGUCUUCUCAUUGACUCAGCUCCUUGACACUGUUCCUCAUCUGGAGGGAGGGAGGGAGGGAGGGGGCGUUCUGAGGUGGGGUGGGAGGAGACCGAGAGGAUCAAAUAUGCAAACAUCACUUUGACAGCAACCUGGAAACAGCCACCACCCUCCCGGUUUGGAAGAUUGCAUUAAUGUUGUUUUGCACAGAGCUGGAAUAAUGCAGUGAUUGAGUGAUCGGAAAUAUAUAUUUUGGUGUGACGACAGGAGAGUGUGUAGACUACCUGCUGGUCAUUGUGGGUGUUUGAACACAGAACUUGCGUUGGAUGCUUUUACCUAAAGGUGCUCUGAUGAAUAUACCUCACGUUCACAGUUAGCCACUUCUCCAGAGACUCCCUGCACUGAGGGACAAGUUGUGGCUUUUCAUUUUCUGGGAAACCGUCCUGUCGGCCCUGGAGGAAGGGCGAAUGUAGAAAUUACAAAUGGAAGUCAGUUUCAUUCCCACCUCCAGGCUGACCUGGUUCGCAAUCCCAUAUGGACAGGCUGACCACUCCGAAGCUGCCUCUGAAUGUCACCUCCUGCCUGUUUCACACCUUCCUCGUCCCUCCUCAUUUCCCCAGGAUCGGGGAGGGGAGGGGAGGGGGGGCUGACACACCCUGAGACUGGGACAUCCCACUCUGACAAAACCUGGCGUUCGAAGGAACGGCCGCUGGACCAUGGAGGUGUUGCUCAGAGAGGGGACUGAGAGGCCUCAGCGAUAGCAGAUGUACCUACACACCAAGAUGUUGAUUGUCCAUCUAUAUCCGACACAAAGUUCCCACCCUGUCCUGGUGUCAUGUGGGAUCCUGUCUGGUUCUGUGACUCAGUGGCCCAGUCUUUGUCCCCUUCACUCCUGGAGGGAGCAGUCUCCCGACCCAGUGACCAUUCCAGGAUUUGGAGACUGGCCUCAGUAUCUGAGUGUCACCAGUGACCCAGUAUCAGACAGAAGCUCAGCUCAGAUCAGUGCAGCGAUGCCUUUGUCCAUCCACCUUUCAGCAAGGUGGGGGGGGGUUACUGGUUUAAGUAAUGUUGCUUCCUGCUCCUGAACCCAUGGCUGUAGGUUAAUGCUGGUGUCACUAACUAUGUACAGGCCUUUAUGGUGAGCACAGUGAGGAACUACAGGAGAAGGGUUCUUACACAUACCGAUGAUGAUGUAGCUUUUGGAAUCUGAUGGUCAGUUACACCCCCUGGGAUUGCAUCUCCUCUUGCCCCCUGGGAUGGGUUUCUCGCGAUCAAUGCACACUGAUCUCUCCCAGGCUUCGAUCUGCAUUGGCCUUCCCGGCCACGGCCUGGUCCAGCUGCCGGCCAGUUCUGAGUGGACAGUGGAACCAUCUCCAGGUAAUGGAAGGGAGCUGGUGAUGAGCUGAGCGUGGGACAGAGCCUGCAGUACAUGAACCCGGACUGGUUACUGGGUCACUGCAAACGCUGGAAGACCGAGAGAGAUUCAGCCUCCAGCUCCUGUGGCUAGCGUCCAACUCUGAAAACACACAACACCCAGCCUCCAGCACCAAUCACGUCAUCUUUAACUUCCCUUUUUGUAAAAACAGAUUUGUCACUGCACGUGUAUAUAAAAGAAAUAAAACUGGCAUUUUAUCA